AAAGUCACCAAACAGUGGUCGGAAAGAUUGGGUUGUUCGCGAAAAAAAUACCUAUAUACCUAUUCUAUUUGAAAUUCAAAUGUCAGAAAAAUUAUUCAAAUUCAACUUCAUCAAUGAUUGGCGAGGAGAGGAGCUCACCAUUGUACUUGCGUAGUGCUUCCCUGAAAGAACGAGAAAUCAAACAUUUCAGGAUAGAUGAUGUGAAGAAACUUUACGAAGUUUUCGAGUUCCAAGAAGAAAUCGGACACGGAGCUUUCGGAACAGUAGUUGCUGCUGUAGAAAAAUCCACAUCAACUCAGUAUGCUAUCAAGAUAGUCAACAAGUUUUCUGUGAGUGACCGAGCCGGAACCGCGCAAAUGGACGAAAUCAAAAGAGAAAUAAAAAUUUUGAAAUCAGUCUCUCAUCAGAAUAUAAUCCGUUUAGAUAAAAUCUAUGAGUCAGCUAAAAAAAUAUAUAUGGUUAUGGAAAGAUGCAGGGACACAUUAUUCAACAAAUAUCGUUCUGAAAAUCCAUUCACGGAAAAAAUCAGCAAAAAAAUUAUCAAACAGCUUGUUGACGCUGUUCAUUAUCUACAUAAACAUGAUAUUGUCCAUAGAGACAUAAAAAUGGAAAACAUUCUCUUAACUAAAAACGUCAACGAUCCUUUCGACAAUUUCUUCAUAAAACUAUCCGAUUUUGGUCUGAGUGUAAUUAAAUCGGGAACCGGCAUAUCGGGUUUACUGAGGGAUAGAGUUGGUACAGUGAUAUACAUGGCACCUGAAAUCUUAUCAGGCCACACAUACAGCGAGCUCUGCGAUGUCUGGUCAGUUGGAGUGAUCCUCUAUUUACUCAUCUUCAAUAAAUUUCCUUUCAUCGCACGUAACCAGGAUGAUCUGGUUGUAAAAAUCUGUGAAGAAGAACCGGAAUAUCCCAAAGAGACAAACAAUGAUCGCAUCGAUCUAUUGAAAUCGAUUCUGGUGAAAGAUCCUGUUAAACGGGUUACCGCCCUGGAAAUUCUUAAACAUCCUUGGAUGGUUGACAACAAGAUUAAGAGUAGGAAAGACGAAACUAUCAUAGACUACAUGAAGAAGUGGAAGAGCGAGAUGCGGUUACCGGGGGAAGAAUCUGACUGGGUUUCUGCAAUUUUAGACGUGGAGGAAAUUGAUAUGACUAGUCGACCUUCACUUUUGAAAGCUGGAGCCGCUCUACACGUUCCCGGAUACUACUCUAUACCCAAUUGUGAAUGACCCUGUCCCAGGCUGAUUUGAAUGUGACCACACGUUUUACUAAUUAACUUAGUUACCAAGCAGCCGGUUAGCACUGUUUCCUGAAUCCAACGAAUGAAAAAUGAAGAAGAACCAAUGAGUCCUAAAAAGAUAAUUGUCUCUAUCUUCACAUUGUUAAGUAAUAUCACUUAGUUGUACUCACUCCCUCUGUGAAUGGAAUGCUGAAGUUUAUUGGAAAUCCUUAUUAUUUUUUUAUUAAGAGUGUCUUUGGUCAACAGGAAUAUUAUAUGAAUUUUGCUUGAAAUGUUUGCUUCACAGAACUGUACUCUAAAUUUAUAGUUCUGUGGUUUGCUUCCAUUAGGUGGUAUUUGAAUUUAGGUUAGGUUAGCUUUUGAUUUUCUCAAGACGCCAUCUAUCGAAUAUAUUAGAAUUAAGUCAAACAGUUAACCUGAAAUAAAGUUCUGUCAGCCGUUUUCACAAA